AUGACAUCGACCAACAACACCAUGCGAAUCGAACAAGUCAAGAGCGCACCACGCGAACAACGAGUAGCAGCGCAUUCACACAUUAAGGGUCUUGGUUUACGUGACGACGGCUCAGCAGAGCCUAUUCAUUCCGGCUUUGUCGGUCAAGAGAAUGCAAGAGAAGCAUGUGGUGUCGUUGUCGAGUUGAUCAAGUCAAAAAAGAUGGCAGGCCGUGCGCUCUUGUUGGCAGGUGCUCCCGGCACUGGCAAGACAGCUAUUGCCAUGGCUAUCUCACGUGAAUUGGGUCCCAAGGUGCCUUUUCGCCCCAUUGUCGGUUCUGAAGUCUAUUCAUCCGAGAUCAAAAAGACCGAGGUCCUCAUGGAGAACUUUCGUCGUGCCAUUGGUCUUCGUAUCAAGGAAACCAAGGAAGUCUAUGAAGGCGAAGUGACUGAACUCACUCCAGAAGAGACCGAGAAUCCUUUGGGUGGCUAUGGCAAAACCAUCUCUCAUGUCAUUAUCGGCUUAAAGACUGUCAAGGGUACCAAGCAACUCAAAUUGGAUCCAAGCAUCUAUGAGUCUAUCCAAAAGGAGCGUGUUGCUGUCGGCGAUGUCAUUUACAUUGAAGCGAAUACAGGUGCUGUCAAGCGUGUGGGUCGUUCAGAUGCAUUUGCUUCAGAGUUUGAUUUGGAUGCUGAGGAGUAUGUUCCAUUGCCCAAGGGUGAUGUACACAAGAAGAAGGAAGUGAUCCAGGACGUUACAUUACAUGAUUUGGAUGUGGCCAAUGCCAAACCUCAGGGCGGUCAAGAUAUCAUGUCCAUGAUGGGUCAACUUCUCAAGCCAAAAAAGACAGAGAUCACUGAAAAGUUGAGGAAAGAGAUCAACAAGGUUGUCAACAAGUAUAUUGACCAAGGCAUUGCCGAGCUUGUACCUGGUGUGUUGUUCAUUGACGAGGUUCACAUGCUUGAUAUUGAAUGCUUUACGUACCUCAACCGUGCACUUGAAUCACCAUUAUCACCUAUUGUCAUUUUCGCUACCAACCGAGGCAUGUGUACUAUUCGAGGCACCGAAGAUAUUGUUUCACCACAUGGUAUCCCUAUUGAUCUUCUCGAUCGUUUGUUGAUCAUCCGAACACUUCCAUAUACCAUUGAUGAGAUCAAGGUUAUUAUCAACAUCCGAGCCAAGACAGAGGGUUUGACAGUGGACGAGGCAGCAGUGGAUAAUAUUGCACAAACGGGUGUGAAUACGUCACUCAGAUAUGCUGUACAACUCUUGACCCCAGCAAGCAUCAUGUCACAAAUCAAUGGACGCGAGUCGAUAACACUGGAUGAUAUUCAAGAAGUGGAUGGCUUAUUCUUUGAUGCCAAAAAAUCUGCACAGCUGUUGGUGGAACAGGAUUCAAAGUUUAUUGUAUAG